ACGACAGCGCAGUCGCGCGAGAAACUUCGCUUUAAGUGCGCGGAAGGUUUUUACGUUUUUUUUUAUGGUAGCGGUAAAACGAAACAGAAACAGAAACAAUCAAAAGAAACCCACGAGCGCGCCUUUAUUUUCAAUAAUUUCCGCGAAAUAUUACGAAAUACAAGAAUAAAGGGAGAAGCAAAAAACAAGUGAGAAAGUGAAAAUAAUGUCAAUGAAAUAAUCAUAAAUAGAGUCUUACGACAAAGAGAAGUGGAAUAAAGGCUAUGUGAUUCAGCAAUUUAAUACAAUCAAAAAUUUGGAAAUAAUCGAAUUACGUGUUUUCAACCCAACGAAACUCGGGAUCUAACCCAAUUUUUAUUAAGAGCGACUUACGAAAAUGGAACCAGCAAUUUUAAUUGAUGAACGACAGCACAUACAGAAGAAAACUUUUACGAAAUGGAUCAAUUCACAUCUAAGCAACACCCAGUGCACACCAGUUAAUGACUUGUUCCUGGACCUGAGAGAUGGCCAUCGCCUGCUGGCCUUGCUCAGCACCCUGACACAAACUCAGCUGAAACCCGAAAAGGGACGCAUGCGCGUGCAUCACAUCAACAACCUGAACAAAGUGCUGCAGGUGAUCCAGCAGCACGGGGUCAAGUUGGUGAACAUCUCCAGCGACGACAUCGUGGGUGGCAAUCCGAAGCUGACGCUGGGCCUCAUCUGGCUGAUAGCGCUCGAGUUCAAUGGCCAGCAUCUAGUCAAGAGCCAUUCAAGCAAUGGCGUUGAGAAGUCCCUGCUGGCCUGGGCGCGGCAGUACACAGAGCCGCACGGCUUGGCGCUGAAUGAUUUCGCCAGCUCUUGGGCAGAUGGGCGCGCCUUUCUCAUGAUACUCGCCGCCCACCUGGAUGAGCUGGACCUGGAGCGGGCGCUGGCGCAGCAUGCACUGCAGCGACUGCAUCUGGCCUUCGACCUGGCGCACCGGCACUUCAAGAUCGAGAAGCUGCUGGAUGCGGAAGAUGUGCACACACACAAGCCGGACAACAAGUCCAUACAGAUGUACGUGAUGUGCCUGUAUCAUGCCAUGGAAUCGAUGCGAGCCAUCGAGCGCGACCGAGUGCCCUGCACAAGCAUCACAGACCUGGACGAGGUGCCGCUCGACCACGAGCGGGAGCUCUACACCUCGGACAGCGCGACCAGCAUGGAGCUGAAGUCGCCGGCCGAGGAGAGCUCGGUGCGGCCGCUGAGCACGGCGACCAAUGUGAGCGUUGAGAUCAGCAGCUAUCAGGCGGCCUUGGAGGCGGUGCUGACGCUGCUGUUGGAGGAUGAGCAGCUGCUCUCUCAAGAUCUGCCCGAACCAGAGAACUUUCAGGCGGCCAAGCUGCAGUUUCACGAGAACGAGAGCUUCAUGCUGAAGCUAACCGAACAUCAGGAGUUUGUGGGCGAGGCGCUCGAGGAGGGCAGCAAUCUAAUCAAUGAAUCGCAGAAAAAGGAUGGCUCCAGCCUCUCGCAGGUGGAUCAGAAUGAGGUGCGUCAACAGAUGGUGCUGCUGAACGAGCGCUGGGAGACGCUGCGUCUGCGCGCCCUCGACAUGCAGGCCAAGAUUCUGAUGCGGCUGGCAGAGUUCCAGAAACAAAAGCUGGAGCAGCUGCGUCAGUUCCUCACUAAUGUCGAGGAUCGCAUCUCGCAUAUGAGUGACCUGGGGCCGACCUUGGCCGAGGCCGAGCAACAGCUGACGGAGGCACGCCAGCUGAAGGCGGAUCUGUCCGAGCAGCAGGAGCUAGUGGAUAGCAUUAGCAGCAUGGUGGUCAUUGUCAACGAUACCUCUGGCAAUUUCAACGAUCUGGAGGAUCGACUGAGCGCGCUGGGCGAGCGCUGGUCCCACGUAGUCAAGUGGAUAGAUUUGCGCACCGAGAAGCUGCAGCAAUACAAAUGCAUCUCGCGCUGGCUGGAUGCGCGCGAACAGGACCUCAAGCGCAUGGAAAGCCGCGAUGUCACCGACGUGGGCGGCAUCACACAGCGCAUCAACGAGCUGAACUACUGUGCCAAGGAUCUGCUCGAGCUGCAGCGCUAUCUGAUCGAUCUGCGGCAAAUGGUGGCCGCCACGCUGCAGGAUGGCGAUGACAAGGGCGAGCGCGUACUCAUGCAGCUGGAGAGCUACGAGGAUCGCCUGGAUGCACUCAAGCAGAUCCUGGAGGUGCAAACGCAGCGCAUCGAGUCGAAGGGCUUCAACUUUGGACGUGAGCGGGCCAGCUUCGAUGAUAGUCGAGUGCUGCGACCAGAGGGCUGGGUGGACUACCAAAUGAUUAUACGAUUCGGCGAGGGCGAGGGCGAGGAGGAGGACGAAGAUGAACCUGAGCAGAAGCAGUCAAAGCAGCAGCAGCAGUCUCAGCAGGAGUUGCAGCAGGAGUUGCAGCAGGAGUUGCAGAAUCCCGAUCAGCUGGCCAGCAAAAAGCGCAAAUUGCGCAAUUCGGACAACUUUUUCGAGCUGGAAACUCAAAUCUUGCAGCACUUUACCCACGUGCAGGAGGUGGAGCAACAGCUGCAGCAGCUACAGCGCCAGAGUCUACGUAAUCAGUGCGAGUUGCUCAAGGAGCUGCAGGCCGAGAGCCAGCAGCGUGCCAGCUCCCUGCCCGAGCUCAAGAAGCUGUACGAGGUGUGCGAGCAGGAGGAGCCAGCGCGCAAGCUGCAGCUGGAGGCAGCCCAAAUCCAGCAGCUGGAGCAGCGCCAUGCAGCGCUGGCCCAGCGUCUGGCCAGCCAGCAGAGCGAGACCAGCAGCCUGCUGGCCAAGGAGCGCUACUACAAUAGCCUGACGGGCUUCAAGCUGGUCCUGGCCGACUCGCGGGACUGGUACAAGCAGCACGCGGGCUCGGCCAGCUGCCAGGAGCUAGAGCAGCGACUUAGCCACAUGGACUCGCUGUCCACCGAGAUAGCUGAGGCGCGCGAAGCCACCGAGGCACUGGACGACCAGCAUCUCGAGUGGAAGCAGGACUUUGGCAUCUUCUACGACAGCUGGCACGACAUGAAGCAGGCGCUGCAGGCGCUCAUAGAGCAGCGUGGCGGGGAAAGCAUUGCCCGGCAGCUGCAGCAGCUGGAGGCUUUCGUUGGCAAGGUGGCCGCCCAGAAGGUGCGCGUUUCCAAUCUGGAGGCCAUGCAGCAACAGCAGCAGCUGCUCAAUCAGCUGGUCGACGAACUGGAGUCACUGAAGUCGACCUACGAGUCGGUGCCCGCCCACAUGAUCAGCGAGGAGCUGCAGGCCGCCUGGCAACGGCUGCCGGAGCAGCUGAACGAGCGGGUGAUCAAGCAAACCACCGCCAUAGAGAACUUCAACCACUUUGUGGCCGAGUACAAUUCCAUAAUUGCCGUGCUGCGCAGCGCUCCACAGGUGCUGCAGGCGCAGGAUCUGCGCAAGCUGGAGAUCGAUGUGAUCAGUGCACGCAAUUUCAGUGAGAUUCUGAUCAAGGAGGCGGAGCCGGCACAGCGCGAGUCUCUGCAAGCGCAUAUACGUACGCUAAAUGCCCUGUACGAUCAGGUGGAGCAACUGCAUCAGGCACAGCGGCAACAGCAGUCGGCACUGGAGUCCCAGAGCCAUGCGAUACAAGCGCGACUACAGCAGACAGAGCGCUGGCUCAACGAGCUGGAGGCGAACACGCCCAAGUCCGGCAUUGCCGAGAUACGCAAUUCCAACGAGCUCUUCCAGAGCAAGUCCAAGUUCCAGACUCUCAAGGAGACGUGCGAGCGCGAGGCCACGCAGUUCCGGGAGCUGAAUGAGCUGGGCGGCGAGCUGCUGCUCCAAAUGGACGAGCUGCAGAACAAGGAGAAGGACUCCAAGUACGGCUCGCUGGCCAAGCAGUUCACCCACCUCAAUGCCCGCUGGACGGAGGUGACGGAGCGGGUCUACACCAAGACUGCGCUGCUGGAGCACAUCUCCACGCAGCUGGGAGAGUUCAAGAAGUUUAUGGUCAGCGAGACGGGCUACCUGGAUCGGCUGGAGAACAAGAUACGCAACACGCCCGAGAAUGCGGCGGAUGCCGAGGAAAUCAUAGAAGAGUUGGAUGAUCUGGAGAACGUGCUGCGCUCCCAUUCCGACGAGUGGCUGGACAAGAUUCAAGAAAUUGGCAACGAGCUAAUUGACAAUGAAUUUAUGGCCGAUGCCAUGCGUAAGGACAUCGAUGGCAUUGUCGAGCGCUGGACACAGCUGCAGCAGCAGGCCAAGAAGCGCACCGAACUGCUGGAGGAGAAGGCCAGCGAGGCGGAGCAGUCCGAGAAGGCAAUUGUGCAUCUGGAGAGCUGGCUGACGCGCAUGGAUGAGAUACUCAGCGAUCAUCUGGAAAACGAUGUGACCAUUGAGGAUCUGCCCGAUGACUUCCAGAUUCUGGCACGUGAAUUCGCCAUAAAUGAGCAGAAUUUCAAGGUUAUAAGCACGCUGAUUGCAGAGCACACAGCCAAUGGCAAAACGGGCGCCGCCAAUCGGCUGCAGGAGCAGCUCAACUUGAUGGAGACGCGCUUCAAGGUCUGCCAGGCCAAGCUCAACAAGUGCACAGCGCCACAGGCCGCCUACGAGUCGCGCCUGAAUCGCCGCUACGGGGAUCUACGCAACGUGGAGCACUCCACGCUGGUGCUGGACGUGGCCUCGGCGGGACCCAGCACGGUGCAGGCGCAGUAUCAGAAAUGCCUGCAAAUCUAUCGCACACUGUCUGAAAUCAAGUCGGAUAUUGAGAGCACCAUCAAGAUGGGCCGGCGCGUGUGUGAGGAUAAAUAUACAAGGAGUCCCAAGCAGUUGAGUCAGCGCAUCGAUGCACUGAAGCAUUUGUACAAUUCGCUCGGCGAGAAUGUCACCCAGUCGAAGGCCUUCCUCGAGGACCUCAUCAAGCUGGCCAGCCAGCUGGAGGACUGCUUCGAUGCGGCCGAUGAGCUGAUCAGGCGCUUCGAGUCGCCCCAGGAGGUGCACGACCGCAACUCCAUACUGCUCAAGUUCGAGGAUGUGCUGCAGCGCUGCGAGCAGCACUACAACGAGUACAGCAAGUCGUGCGACAAGAGCUGCAUGCAGGACACACGGCAGCGCAUCGAUGGCCUCAAGGCCACCUACCACAGGCUGACCAGUGCGGACAUCAUCAAGCGGCUCACCGAAAUGAAGGCAACGCUGCAGAACUUGGACAACAUUUCGAUGGAGACACUCAAAACCAUGGAACAUGAUCUGAAGGAGAUAAAUGUGCCAUCGAAUCCGGAAAUUGAAAAGCUGCAGCAGCAGGUCAUUGCAAUAGUUGUGGAUACACUGAGAACGCGCUUCGACGAGACAUCAACGCUGGCUGCCCCAGCCGAUGACGAUACGGAAAUUGUGGUUGUCAGCGAUACAGUGCGUCAAAGACGCGCACGUACACCGCAGGCCGGUGAAGGCGGCACGCCCAACACAAGUCUCAACGAGUCACCGCAGUCAGCGACAGCGGACGCCCAGCCGAGCUCGAACAGUGGUGAACAGGUGCUGCCUGAUUUGCUUCCACCUCAAACGUUUCGUUUGGCUGAAUCCAGCACACUCUUCUCGCAGAUAUCGUUGAAUCCGAACAAGGCGAUGGACUCGCCUCAGCCGAAGCCGGCGAAAAACAAACGCAAAGCGCCGGCAGCGCCCGCUCAGGUGGUUGAGAUAAAGGUGAAAAACAUUCAGAAUGACAAAAUGUCGGUGCAGAAUAUUGCGCUGGAGCCGCACCAGGGUGAGAUUGUGGACACGGUAAACAUUUUAGAGAGCGUGGAGCCGCUGCUGCCGGAGUUUGUGCAGACCGUGCAAAUAGUGGAUUUGUCCGAGGACUCGGAUUCCUCGCUGCGAGUCGAUGGAAAUGGCAAGGAGAUGCGACGCAGCAAAAGCAAGCAUUCGCUAUGUGAAUCGCCGGGGGCCAAGGCAGCAGAAGGCACAGACGCAGAUCCGGAUGCGAAUGCGGAUGCGGAUGCAAAUGCGGAUGCCGAUGCGGAAGCAAUGCUGCGUCCUGCUGCGGGCAACACCAGCACCCCGCUGCUGCGCGUGGCGAAGCAACGAAUAUCCUUCGAUGAGAAACGCAAACGCAUUGCCCAUGAGCGUGACAUACUACGCGACUCCGAGGAGGAGGAGGCGCCACAAAGUGUGGCAGCGCCCACUGGCAGCGCCACAGCAAGUGAACAGCGACCGAAAGCCAAACGCUGGCGUCAGCUGCAACCAGAAAUGGAAGCUCUGACACCGGACACCGAGCCCGAGUCGCCCAUUCGCAAUAGUUUCUAUAGCGCCGACAAGGAGACAGGUUUUGAUAUUGAGCCGUUGGUAUUCUCCGACGAUGAAGAAAUACCGCGCUUCUCGCUGGAAAUGACACCAACCUUCGACUCCGAUAGUGAUACGAGCCGCAUUGAGACGCCCUCCACGAAGAAGCCGAACUCGUUCCUGAGCAAGGUGCUCCACUCAAUGCCGUCGCCCCUAGACGACUCGAAUGUAACGCUCAAGAGUCCGCCCACUGAACAGCCCGCAAGCGGUCCCGCCAACUUGGCCCAACGCGUUGAGGAUUUCAAUAAGAGGGCCAAGCAGAUGAUCUGUCAGCUGGAGAUGACCAAGACCAAAAUCGAACAGAGUCCCGAGAGCGAGGCCGAGGAUCUCCGCAUGCUCAUAGCACCAGAUGCGGCCACUCUGAUCUCACAAGGCGAUUCCUUGGUACUGGAGACGCAUGGCAAACAUGGCAGCAUCUCGCGCCCAGUCAUGGGCACGCAGACCUUACUCAGAGAAAAGUUCCGUGAGGUUCAGCAGGCCAAGCCUAAAGCAACCGGCAAGUCCAGCACUGAGUCCAGCAAAGAGCUUGAGAAACGCAUGGAGGACAUCAAUACUAAAAACAAUUUGAUUGCUCAUGCCGAUAGCAUAGAGCUCUCGCUGACGGAAUUGAAAAAUGUCAACCAAAUGGGCAAUGGGAAUGGCGCCACCAACAGUCGACAGGACUACAACAGCGAGCCCAGCGGAGUUGGCGCUUUGGCCAGCAGCUUCGACAAGUCCGUUUUGCACAUUUCCGACUGGUUGACUUGGGAACAAAACAUGAUCAAGAUACAGAGCGUGCUGGUGAACGACGGGGACGCCGUCCGCCAGGCCAUCGAGAAGCAGGAGAAAGUUUUGCGUGAAUUGAAAAUGAAAAAACCGCAACUCAAUGAACUGGUCCACACAGCGGAGGUGCUGAAAGGCGACAUCAAACGUCAGCAGCUGCAGGAGAAAGAAUUGAAACAAUUUUCGAUAGCACCGCAUUGUGCAGCUGACUUAGACUAUUUACGUUGCUUUCUGAAAGUGACCCGCCUGAGGGAGCAUUGGGAUGAGACGUCACAGUGCGUUCUGCAGCGAGCGGCGCAGCUGAAGAGCAUGCUGAGCGAUUCGCAGCGGUUUGAGGCCAAGCGCGUCGAGUUGGAAAUGUGGUUGGCGCGCAUGGAGCAGCGAGCCGAGCGAAUGGGCACCGUGGCCACCACAGCAGACAUACUGGAGGCCCAGCAGAAGGAGCAGAAGUCCUUCCACGCCGAGCUGCAUCAGAAUAAGCAGCACUUCGACCUCUUCAGCGAGCUGACGCAGAAACUAAUUGCAGUCUAUCCAAACGAUGAUACUUCCAGAGUUAAGAAGAUGACUGAGUCCAUUAAUCAACGCUAUACCAACUUGAAUAAUGGUGUAAUCAACCGAGGCAAGCUGCUUCACGCCGCCGUGCAAGAUCUGCAGUCGUUCGAUCGUAAAAUGGAUCAGUUUCUCGCUUUUCUCUCGGAAACGGAAACCCUUUGUGAAAAUGCUGAAUCGGACAUUGAUCGCAAUCCAAUGAUGUUUAAGGAUCUGCAAUCGGAAAUUGAAACCCAUCGCGUUGUUUACGAUCGUCUCGAUGGCACCGGCCGCAAACUUUUGGGUUCGCUCACCUCGCAAGAGGACGCCGUUAUGCUGCAGCGCCGCUUGGAUGAAAUGAAUCAACGCUGGAAUAAUUUAAAAUCGAAAAGUAUUGCAAUCAGAAAUCGCCUGGAAUCAAAUUCGGAGCACUGGAAUGCCUUGCUGCUGUCGCUGCGAGAGCUAACCGAGUGGGUCAUUCGCAAGGAUACGGAGCUCAGCAGCUUAGGCUUGGGCCCGGUGCGCGGCGAUGCGGCCAGUCUGCAAAAACAGCUUGAUGAUCAUAAAGCUUUUCGCCGUCAGCUGGAGGAUAAACGCCCAAUUGUUGAGAGCAAUUUAACGAGCGGUCGUCAGUAUAUAGCCAGCGAGACGCCCGUUUCGGAUACCAGCGAUACCGAGGCCGCCCACGACUCCGACUCGCGUUACAUGUCCGCCGAGGAGCAGAGCCGGGAACUGGCGCGCAGCAUACGGCGCGAGGUGGGCAAACUUUCGGAGCAGUGGAACAAUCUAAUCGAUAGAUCUGACAAUUGGAAGCAUCGUUUGGACGAGUACAUGACGACGAGUUCAGUCUCAGUUGUAGCUCAAAUUCUUAUUACCGACACGCUCAAAAAAAUGCGCCAAUUCCAAAAGGUCCUGGAGGACUUGACCUCCCGCGUCGCCCUGGCCGAGCAAACACAGCUCACCUGGCAGACGCCGUCGUCCGUGGGCGAGGCUAAUGAGCAGAUGCAGCAGCUGCAGCGGCUGCGGGACAAGAUGACCACGGCCAGCGCCCUGCUGGACGACUGCAACGAGCAGCAAUCGUUCUUCACCGCCAAUCAGGUGCUGGUGCCGACGCCGUGCCUGUCCAAGCUGGAGGAUUUAAAUACACGCAUGAAACUGCUGCAAAUUGCGAUGGACGAGCGUCAGAAGGUAUUGUGCCAGGCCGGUGCCAACAAUGCGCACGAGAACGGGGACGAUGGACGCACUACAUCUAACAGCGGCACCAUUGGACCACUGCCCAAUUUGGGCCAAAGUGUUAAGCCGCCCUGGGAGCGUGCCACGACUGCCGCCAACGUGCCUUACUACAUCGACCAUGAACGCGAGACCACACACUGGGACCACCCGGAGAUGAUCGAACUGAUGAAGGGACUGGCGGACCUCAACGAAAUUCGCUUCUCGGCCUAUCGCACAGCCAUGAAACUCCGAGCUGUACAGAAGCGAUUAGCGCUUGAUCGCAUCUCAAUGGCCACCGCGUGCGAGUCGUUUGACCGGCACGGACUGCGGGCCCAGAACGACAAGCUGAUCGACAUACCGGAUAUGACGACGGUGCUGCAUUCGCUCUACGUGACAAUCGAUAAAAUUGAUUUGACGCUAAUGCUCGACCUGGCCAUCAACUGGAUACUGAACGUGUACGACUCGCAGCGCACCGGCCAAAUUCGGGUGCUCAGCUUCAAGGUGGGCCUCGUGCUGCUCUGCAAGGGCCACCUCGAGGAGAAGUAUCGAUACCUGUUCCGCUUGGUCGCUGACACCGACCGGCGAGCGGAUCAGCGGCGCCUGGGACUCCUGCUGCACGAUUGCAUACAGGUUCCCCGUCAACUGGGCGAGGUGGCUGCCUUUGGGGGCUCUAAUAUCGAGCCCUCGGUGCGCUCGUGCCUGGAGCAGGCGGGCAUAUCACAGGAAGCCAUCGAUGGCAAUCAGGAGAUAUCGAUCGAGCUGCAGCACUUCCUCGGCUGGCUGCAGCACGAGCCGCAGAGUCUGGUGUGGCUGCCCGUGCUGCAUCGUCUGGCUGCCGCGGAGGCGGCCAAGCACCAGGCCAAGUGCAACAUAUGCAAAGAGUAUCCGAUAGUCGGCUUCCGGUAUCGCUGCCUCAAGUGCUUCAACUUUGACAUGUGCCAAAAGUGUUUCUUCUUCGGGCGGAAUGCCAAGAACCACAAGCUCACCCAUCCCAUGCACGAGUACUGCACAACGACCACAUCCACCGAGGACGUGCGAGACUUUACGCGCGCCCUUAAAAACAAAUUCAAGAGUCGCAAAUACUUUAAGAAGCAUCCGCGCGUCGGCUAUCUGCCCGUGCAGAGCGUCCUAGAGGGUGAUGCACUCGAGAGCCCGGCGCCCAGUCCACAGCACACCUCGCACCAGCUGCAGAACGACAUGCACUCGCGCCUCGAGAUGUAUGCGUCGCGGCUGGCCCAGGUGGAGUACGGCGGAACUGGCUCCAACUCGACGCCCGACAGCGACGACGAGCAUCAGCUGAUCGCACAGUAUUGCCAGGCGCUGCCCGCGACCAAUGGCAGCGCGCCCAAGUCGCCGGUUCAGGUGAUGGCCGCGAUGGAUGCGGAGCAGCGCGAGGAGCUGGAGGCGAUCAUCCGCGACCUCGAGGAGGAGAACGCCAAUCUGCAGGCCGAGUACCAGCAGCUGUGCACCAAGCAGCAGAGCGGCACGCCCGAUGAAUCAAACGGCAUGCACCACUCCAGCAGCUCCAGCAUGACGGGUCUGUCCAGCCAGGGCGAGCAUGGCCAGGACAUGAUGGCCGAGGCAAAGCUGUUGCGGCAGCACAAGGGCCGCCUGGAGGCGCGCAUGCAGAUACUCGAAGAUCACAAUCGCCAGCUGGAGGCGCAGCUGCAGCGACUCCGCCAGCUGCUCGACGAGCCCAACGGCGGCGGCAGCAGCGCCACCAGCAGCGGCCUGCCCAGUGCGCCCGGCUCAGCGCUCAAUUCCAAGCCAAACACGCUGCAGACGCGCUCGGUAACCGCCUCCCAGCUGAACACCGACUCCCCGGCCAAGAUGAACCAGCAGAACGGCCACUACGACCACACUUCAAAGGGCAUUAUGCUGCCGGGUCUGAGCAACGAGCUGCAGCAGCAGCAGCUGGCCAAUCUGGCCGCCAAGCACCAUCAGCACCAACUGAGCGGCGCUCUGAACGCACUGCAUCAGCAGCAGCAGCAGCAGCAGCAGCAGCAGCAACUUUCUUCUCAGAGGGGCGUCCUCACCGGCAACGGGGGCAUCGACAUGUCCGGCAGUGGAAUGCAGAUGUCCGGCUACUUAGGGGACGACGGACGUCCCCCGCCUCCGCCGCACUCCAGCUUGCUGCAGCAGCAUAUGAAUGAUCUUGGCUAGAGCGUUUGGAAUGUAUGUCAAAGCGAAGCAGCAGAUAACUUGGUCACCGUCAUCACCGAACAGGAAAUCGAGCCCAACAACGAGGACUUGGAGGAGACGAGCAGCAGCACGGCUACA